GUCUUUUGGCCAAACGAUAGAAAGACGAGCAAAGGUGAUAGACCAGCAAUGUUCAGCUACAUGGGAGUGUAGAGAGAGAUGGCGUAUUGAAUGGGCGAAGAAUUCAGAGUUACUCUUUUCUCCUAGUCUCACAAAAUUAAGAAAUUGCAGGGAUCUGUUUUUGCAAAUCACUGGAAACUAUAACGAUUCGUUUGGCCUUUUAUUACACAACAUGCAAGCCAAUGCCGGUAUGGUGGCCGGCUCUCACCGCCGAAACGAGUUGGUUCGGAUUCGGCACGAUUCCGACAGUGGGCCCAAGCCCCUGAAGAAUUUAAAUGGUCAAACAUGCCAGAUUUGUGGUGAUAACGUUGGACUCACAGCUACUGGUGAUAUAUUUGUUGCCUGCAAUGAGUGUGCCUUCCCAGUUUGCAGGCCUUGUUAUGAGUAUGAGCGUAAAGAUGGAACUCAGUCUUGCCCUCAGUGCAAGACUAGAUAUAGGAGGCACAAAGGGAGUCCACGAGUUGAGGGAGAUGAUGAAGAGGAUGAUAUCGAUGAUCUGGAGAAUGAGUUCAAUUAUGCCCAGGUACAUAGCAAAGCAAGACACCAGUGGCAGGGCGAAGACCCAGAACUAUCUGCAUCUUCUAGACAUGAAUCUCGACAACCAAUUCCCCUUCUGACCAAUGGACAGCCGGUCUCUAGUGAAAUUCCAACACCUGACACUCAAUCUGUGCGAACUACAUCUGGUCCUCUGGGCCCUGCUGAAAGGAAUAUUAAUUCUUCUCCUUACGUUGAUCCAAGACAACCAGUUCCGGUGAGAAUUGUGGACCCUUCAAAGGACUUGAAUUCUUAUGGCCUUGGAAAUGUUGACUGGAAGGAGAGGGUUGAAGGCUGGAAACUUAAACAGGAGAAAAAUAUGAUGCAGAUGAGCAGUAAAUUUAGUGAAGGAAAGGGAGACAUAGAAGGCACUGGUUCAAAUGGAGAAGAACUCCAAAUGGCUGAUGAUGCUCGACAGCCGUUGAGUCGUGUGGUACCAAUUCCUUCAUCUCACUUGACCCCUUAUCGGGUUGUAAUCAUUCUCCGGCUUAUAAUUUUGGGCUUUUUCUUACAAUAUCGGGCAACUCAUCCGGUGAAAGAUGCUUAUCCUUUAUGGCUGACAUCAGUUAUCUGUGAGAUUUGGUUUGCCUUGUCCUGGCUUCUAGAUCAGUUUCCAAAAUGGUAUCCAGUCAACCGUGAGACCUAUUUAGACAGGCUUGUAUUGAGAUAUGAUAGGGAAGGGGAACCAUCACAAUUAGCUCCUGUAGAUAUUUUCGUUAGUACAGUGGAUCCCCUCAAAGAGCCGCCUCUUGUUACAGCAAACACUGUUUUGUCCAUACUUGCUGUGGAUUAUCCUGUUGACAAAGUAUCUUGCUAUGUUUCGGAUGAUGGUUCAGCAAUGUUGACCUUUGAAGCCCUCUCUGAAACUGCAGAGUUUGCUAGGAAGUGGGUGCCAUUCUGUAAGAAGCACAAUAUUGAGCCUAGGGCCCCUGAAUUUUAUUUCGCCCAGAAGAUUGAUUACUUGAAGGACAAAAUACAACCUUCUUUUGUGAAAGAACGCCGAGCAAUGAAGAGAGAAUAUGAGGAGUUUAAGGUGCAGAUCAAUGCCCUUGUUGCAAAAGCUCAGAAGAUGCCGGAAGAAGGUUGGACAAUGCAGGAUGGCACUCCAUGGCCCGGUAAUAAUCCUAGGGAUCAUCCUGGAAUGAUUCAGGUGUUCUUAGGCCACAGUGGAGGGCUUGAUACUGAUGGAAAUGAGCUACCUCGUCUUGUUUAUGUUUCUCGUGAGAAGCGUCCUGGCUUCCAACACCACAAGAAAGCUGGAGCUAUGAAUGCAUUGAUUCGAGUUUCAGCUGUCUUGACCAAUGGUGCAUAUCUGUUGAAUGUUGAUUGUGAUCACUACUUCAAUAACAGCAAAGCUCUUAGAGAGGCAAUGUGUUUCAUGAUGGAUCCUGUACUUGGAAAGAAAACUUGCUAUGUACAGUUCCCACAGCGUUUUGACGGCAUUGAUAUUCAUGAUCGAUAUGCCAAUCGCAAUAUUGUUUUUUUUGAUAUCAACUUGAAGGGGCUUGAUGGCAUCCAGGGUCCAGUCUAUGUGGGAACUGGUUGUUGUUUCAAUAGACAAGCUCUAUAUGGAUAUGAUCCAGUUUUAACUGAAGAGGAUUUGGAGCCAAACAUUAUUAUCAAGGGAUGUUGUGGUUCAAGAAAGAAGGGAAAGGGUUCUAACAAGAAAUACAUGGACAAGAAGAGGGCAAUGAAAAGAACCGAAUCUACUGUUCCAAUUUUUAAUAUGGAAGACAUUGAAGAGGGUGUUGAAGGAUAUGAUGAUGAGAGGUCCCUUCUUAUGUCCCAGAAGAGCUUAGAGAAGCGUUUUGGUCAGUCACCAGUUUUUAUUGCUGCCACCUUCAUGGAACAGGGAGGCAUACCACCAACCACUAAUCCUGCGACUCUUUUGAAAGAAGCAAUCCAUGUUAUAAGUUGUGGAUAUGAGGACAAGACUGAAUGGGGCAAAGAGAUUGGAUGGAUCUAUGGUUCUGUUACAGAAGAUAUCUUAACUGGGUUCAAGAUGCAUGCUCGUGGUUGGAUAUCAAUUUAUUGCAUGCCACCCCGUCCAGCUUUUAAGGGGUCUGCUCCUAUCAAUCUUUCUGAUCGAUUGAACCAAGUUCUUCGAUGGGCCUUGGGGUCAAUUGAGAUUUUGCUGAGCCGGCAUUGCCCCAUAUGGUAUGGCUACAAGGGAAGAUUGAAGCUUUUGGAAAGACUGGCUUACAUUAAUACCAUUGUCUACCCCCUGACCUCUAUUCCACUGCUUGCUUACUGCAUGCUUCCUGCUUUUUGCCUUCUUACUGGAAAAUUCAUUAUUCCGGAGAUAAGCAACUUUGCUAGCAUGUGGUUUAUUUUACUUUUUGUCUCCAUUUUUGCUACUGGAAUACUGGAGCUACGGUGGAGUGGGGUUGGUAUUGAGGACUGGUGGAGGAACGAACAGUUCUGGGUCAUUGGUGGUACAUCAGCGCACCUGUUUGCUGUUUUCCAGGGUCUUUUAAAAGUGCUUGCAGGUAUUGAUACUAGCUUCACUGUUACCUCAAAGGCAUCUGACGAUGAUGGAGACUUUGCAGAGCUUUAUGUUUUCAAAUGGACAUCUCUUCUCAUCCCCCCAACUACUGUCCUUAUUGUGAACCUGGUGGGUAUUGUUGCUGGUGUAUCAUAUGCCAUAAACAGUGGGUACCAAUCAUGGGGUCCCCUAUUUGGCAAGCUGUUCUUUGCCAUAUGGGUCAUUGCCCAUCUCUAUCCUUUCUUGAAGGGUUUGUUGGGUCGCCAAAACCGUACACCUACCAUCGUCAUUGUCUGGUCUAUACUUCUUGCCUCCAUUUUCAGCUUGCUCUGGGUGAGAAUUGAUCCCUUCACCUCAAAUUCCACCAAAUCUGCUGCAAAUGGUCAAUGUGGCAUCAAUUGCUGAGACAUACCAGUACCAAAUGUCAUCUCUCCAUGAAGUUUUUCAUCCUGUGUUUAUACAAUAAGAUAUGAAGUUAUUGAAGUUGUUUGUGGAUGAUAUGAUCUAAAUCAUACAGUUUUUCUGUCUAGAAAGGAGUUUGAUGGAUCUUAUUAAUUUUGUCUGGUGCUGAAGGACAAGACAUUACAAGAUCCCUUCUUUGUAUCGAAUAAUUUAUUUCUUGCUUUUUCACUUCUAUAGAGGUGUACGUUGUUGGUCCUUA